GAAAGGAAAGGAAAGACGCACAUCUCCCACACCCCCCACCCCAUAUUGCCAAAAAAACCUUCUUGUCCAAGCUGAUGGGACGACUGACCAUCCGCGGCAACUCUGGUGCAGAGAGAUCAUAUCAUGUACAUGACCCGCGGAGACAACUUUGCCUUACCCUCUGCCAGAUAUGUAGUCGAGUCCAGACAGCCCAACCUCAUGCCACUUCAUACGCACCUGUUUUCAUUGUAGACCUGCUCUCGAGAUCAACUUUGCACAGCAUACGAAGCCCAACCGUCUGCUAAGGUUUCGAAGUUCGUAUUGCGAGGGUAAAAGCGUGAAGAAAUCCUGCAGUUGGACUGAUCGCGAUAUAAGCAGAGCGAUACUGCCAACCACCGGGAUAACGUGUAUCGCGAGGUCAAUCCAGCAGAUAAAAGUGCGACUGUACCGUUAUCCGUCCUGUCUCGGGCGAUCACUUCAUCGCCCACUGACGAGACAACACACCUCAUCUCAAAAUGAGUCCCCGGUCAACCCUUCGGGGCAUCGUCGCGACAACACUCGCCGGCUUCGCCCUGGUCGCCAACGCCUUACCACAACCGCAAGUCCAAGAAACCGUCGCCCCUUCGCCCAAAGUUUGGGUGCACGUCGAUGCCACAACCAAAGGCGCAACCAUCACGCCCACCGUGACGACAGACGCCGCCGGCGGAGCCAAAUACACCGACAACGCGCCCCCCGAGUAUCUCACCAGGUCUAAAGCAUACAGCAGCUUCAACGACCAUGGGGCUAUGGGGACCUACACCAGCCUCAACCCUGCUCCCACCGCCUCGGGGUUUCCGGGCGUUGACGACCCCCGCGGCGAGUUCCUGGCCUGUCUACCGCAGCAAUCGCUCGAUGAGCCGUUCUGCGCUCCAAAGCGGGAUGCGAUCUUGAGGCCGGGGCGUGGGUACUACAUAACAUGGAACACCCUCUACUUCGCCCUCCCCAACCAGCGCGUACAAAUCCUUCUUCAAACCGCUGACGUCCCUGACGCCCUUGCGGGCCUCGUUGACUCCUCUUCCUCCUCCUCCAAUACCUCAACCCUCCCCCGCUUCCCCAUCCUCCCCGCCGAGCAAGGCUUCGCCUUCUUCCCCCUCCCCAAAUCCUUCCUCCCUUCUGAUCCAGAGUCUUACCAACUGAUCCGACUGAACUUCACCAUGGCCGUCUGGGCCAGCGGUAACUACGACGAAGACGCGCCCACCGAAACAAAACAAGGUCCUCUGGUCUAUGUGACCAAUGGGUACGACUCCUCGGACGGUAAUGACUCGGACGAUGAUGAGGAUGGUGACCACGAUGACAACGACGAUUUGGUUUCCUCGCCUGGGUUAUCAAAGGGCAAGAAAAUCGCCAUUUCUGUGCCAGUGGCGAUUGUGUCAGUGUUGGUGCUCGGGGGAUUAAUCGCUUUUGCGGUGUGGGGGUAUCGGAAGAAUGGGACGGUCCCGUUUGUUGGUGGACUCUUCAGUAAAAGAAGAGGAGCGAGAAGCGGUGGUUGUGGAAGCGGGUAUGGAGUGAGGAAGAGUUAUUCGGAGAGGGUUGGCGGGAAGAGAGGCGCUGGCGCGGCGGGCGUUGAAGAGGGGGUGGUGGCGACGAGGGCCGCUGGGGAUAACAAGGGCGGCGGUGGUGGUGGUGGUGGUGGUGGUGGUGUCGAAUUGACGGAUCGGGAGAGUUGGUCGCCGACGAGCCCGACCAGUGCGCGCUUGGGCGGGGAGAAUGUGUUCCGCGCCGAGGUGGAGAGGCAGGAGAGGGACAGGCAGGGCUGAGGGUCUUUAAGAUCGGGUGGUCAUGGAGGGUGCAGGUUGGUUUGUUGAGGAGGAGCAAAGUACGACGGAAUGAUGAUGAAUGUUAUGGCAUUUUCUCCUUGUUUAUGGUUAUUCAUAGAGCAUUGUCGGCGUGGAGAUUGAUCGAUUGCAAUUGAGGUGUUGUCUUAUCAUUGUGCGGGGUGUCUUCGUGCUCGUUCGUGGUGAGAUGUUUGCUGCGUUUGAAGAGAAGGGAUGAAGGAUGACGCUGCUGGCGACAGCUUUCUGGUGGGGAAGUGGACCAGAGUUGGCGGUAUCUGCCUGCGUUACAGGCAGUUGGACGCCGCUGUUAGGACUGGGGACUGUCCUGAUAUUGCACUAGCAAAUUAACAAUUAUUUUGCGGGGGCUUCAGUUAGCGCGAUAAGAUCUCUGAUCCCGAUAGUCCAAGGCAAAGAAGUGAAGGGAACCCAAAGACUUAAUAAAAAAGUGUUGAUGCUGAUGAG